GUCAGUGAAGGCACCACCGCGGCUCGUGAAGGCGUCGCGGGGCCCCGUCCACCUGUGGGAUGAGCUGUGUGCUGUGAGGAGCCGCUCCGCUUCCAGCUGCCGUGUGUUUCCUGCGCGGACUUGUUGCUGCAGUCAGAGCCGCCCGCGGACUUAAGAGCCGCAGCACCAUGAUGUCCUACAUAAAGCAGCCUCACUACACCAUGAACGGGUUAAACCUGCCGGCUCCCGGGAUGGACGUGCUGCACACCACCGUGGCUUAUCCCUCGACUCCCCGGAAGCAGAGGCGGGAGCGGACCACCUUCACCCGCACACAGCUGGACAUCCUGGAGGCCUUGUUCUCCAAGACCCGCUACCCUGACAUCUUCAUGCGAGAGGAGGUGGCGCUCAAGAUCAACCUGCCCGAGUCACGUGUGCAGGUUUGGUUUAAGAACCGCCGCGCCAAGUGUCGCCAGCAGCAGCAGCAGAGCAGCGGCCAGUCCAAGCCCCGGCCCCCGAAGAAGAAGGCCUCCCCGGUGCAGGAGCCCAGCGCCCCCGACCCGGUCCCUAACCCACCGGGCUCCUACAGCCCCUCCUCGGCCCAGUCCAACCCCACUCUGGCCCCGAGCGCCAGCAAUGGCAACACCGCCGUGUCCAUCUGGAGCCCCGCCAUCUCGCCGCUCCCGGACCCGCUGGCCUCCUCGGCCACCUGCAUGCAGCGGCCCUCGCCGUACCCCAUGAGCUACGGGCAGCCCUCCUACACCCAGGGCUACGCCAGCACCACCUCUUACUUCACCGGCCUGGACUGCAGCGCCUACCUGUCCCCCAUGCACUCGCAGCUCUCCGGCACAGGUGGCGCUCUCAGCCCCAUCACCGUGCCCUCCAUGGGGGGGUCCCUCAGCCAGUCUCCGGCCUCGCUGUCGUCGCAGGGCUACAGCACCGCCUCGUCCCUGGGCUUCACCUCGGUCGACUGCCUGGACUACAAGGACCAGCAGGCCUGGAAACUGGGCUUCACAACAAUGGACUGCCUGGACCACAAGGACCAAAACUCCUGGAAGUUCCAGGUCCUCUAGCCAGCCUCUGCAGAACCUCUGUGACGUCAGGUCACAGCGACAACUCGAGCCUUGAAAGAGUGUGCAGGGAACGGCCUCCCUGCAGGACUGACGGUGGUCCACCAGUUUCUAGAUCUGUCUGUGUUUGUUCGCUAGCCUUAGUCGUAUCAUCCUGUCGUCUUCCCAGGGUUGUGUGUGUAGUGCUUCUCUACGUUUAUGUGCUGACGGUCACGGAGUGGACCUGACUGUGACACGAGGUCAGAAUGAACACAGUGUGGAUGUGAAGUGUCCCGGGUCCGGCCUGCAGCCGUCACGCGGUCAUCUGGCCCGCGCGGCUCUCGCCGCUCCGUCUUGGUUAUUUUAGUUGAGCUGGUUCUGGGAGCGUCCCAAUCCUCUUAGCCUCCCUUCAGCAAUGCCCUAAGUGAAUUAGUUGGGAUUAGAGCCCCCACUCUGUCUCACUCACCUCCUGACUGUCUUCUUCGCUCCAUCUUUGCCAAGUUUCCCUCAACGUGUCGUCUCUUUUUAGCUGAUGAACGGUCUCAUAAAUCACUGCUGCUUUUGUCUCUCGGUCCAUUCCCCUCGCGCUCCCUUGCUCCCCGACUUUCAGGUCCCCGACCUCCCCCCCUCUGCCCCGGCUCCUCCUGGAUAAUCCCGCCAUGGCCUGAUUGCUGCCACGCGAAUAUCACUCUUACACCAAAUAUAGGAGAAUAGUUGCGUGCCGAUUGUUUGGUUGCCAGAGCCUCGAGUCGGUGUUGUUUAGCGAACGCUGCCCGUCCAACUCUGCAGUUAUUGUUCUUUAUUUUUUGUUUGUUUUCAUUUCUGCCAUGUUGUGAAACUGUAGGGCUUUAAUUUGUGUUGCAUUUAGUUGAUAGAGUCAAACAAGUCUAUCUGUUCGGAGUGUGUACAAGUGUAACAAGUGGAUGAAGGUUUCUGCUGUAACUCGGACAGAAGCAAUAAAGUCACGUGUUCGUA